AACAAGCAAAAUCAGUACUUUAAACGUUCUUUAAGAGCAUUUUAUUUUCACUUAUAAGAAUCUUGUAGCAUGCUACAAAGUUGAAUUUGGGCGCAGUUAUACGAGCAUUUAGUUCUAUAACUAUCUUAUAAUCAUCUUAUACAAUGUUAUUAAGCCUUAUAAUAUACUUGACGAAGCUCAAUAGCGCCUUUAAUGAUAUGAGACUAAACAAUUACAAGUGCAAACACUCUUGUUAGUAUCUGACGUAAGUAUUUUAUUAGAGCAAUCUUGUUUAUAAAGCACUUGUAAUGGUCUUAGAAAAUAGUUUUAAGUAUAUUUUAAUACAAGUUAUUUUCGUUGUUGCUUUGACUGGUCGUGCCGGAUUUUUUGUGUUACCACGCACGUAAAAACGUAAGUAAACUUACUAUUACUAUUAUUACUUGUAGUACUUUAAAACAUCGGUAAUAUAUUGUAAAUAUAGUGUGUGAACUCGUGGGGAAGUAAUAUUUACUGUAAAUAUGUAUCGAAAUUUAGUUAAUUUCACGGGGCCCUUCGAAAAUUCCACAUUAGUAUAAUGUUGCGAAUAAAUUAUUUCAUAAAUUCUUAUGCAUAUCGGCCAUGUUUUAAAAUUGCUCUUGAUUAAGUCCUUUAUGGAACCAUUAUAGGUAAACUAGUACUUGUAGCAGUUUCUGUCCAGACUACUCGCCUCCAUUUUAAAACAAAUUAGGGUUCCCUUGAAGUAAAUUAAAGUCAGCUAGCUAAUGAUUGAUUUUCCUUUUUAGGAUUUAAUCAACAAGAUGGUGGUCAUUUUUGAUGUUGACUGUUUUUUGACCAAAUCGUCAUUGAUUUUACUAAAUCAUGUGAGAUGGCCUUGGACAAACACACAUUUUGUGUUAUCCGAAAGCUGCAAUGGGUGUGGAUUUCCAGUUUAUUUAAACAAUAUGGAUAGACCUACUCACUUCAUUUCUAAUCAAGAAAAUCUAAAACUUUUCAUGCAUCAAAGCUUUUUUUGGUGCCCGAAUUGCUCCCAGUACAGCAUAUAUGACCAUUACAUAGAAGAUGAAUGCACAAAUUGCUACUGAUUUUGUAUCCACAUAACUUUUUACACACGCAAAAGUACUUAACUAAUUUUAGAAUAGUGCUAUCCAAUAAAAUAAUAAUAAAAAAAACAUUAUACGGCUGGGCAACCGAAAUAACAAGAAAUUCCUUCCCGCGCCACCCUGUUUGACAAAUAUUUUGAAGGUACGAUUAUACAACUGCUAUCUAUCGAAUUACUAUCUGUAUCAGUGGUUUAUAGUACGGCCGCGGAGUUAUAACCGAUUUGACACAUGACGAAUUGUCAAUUUUAGGGCUGAUUUUUCAAUCGCCAGAUAACUCCUAUCUGAGGAAUAUUUUUAACGUUUUGACAGCUUUUGUAUGGAAAAUAUGUCAAACCGCCAUAUUUAUUCCUCAGAUAGAACUUAACUGAUGAUUGAAAAAUCAGCCCUUAGUGAAGUAAGGAUUAAUUUAAUUACUUUAUUUACAUCGAGUAUACACUUAUAUGUAAAAAUAUGUAAUGUAUCUACAGUAUAAGGAUGUUACGAAGUUUUUUUCCGAUUCCGAAAAGUCGGAAGUUCCGAUUGAUACACCUCCGACUCUGGUUUCGGCUUCGACACUAUUAAAUCGGAAGUCGAUCGGAGGCAGCGCCACAGGAACAGCAGUACCUAAGCAUGUACGAACGAAAUUAAACUUGCCGCACGGGAAUCCCCUCUCUCCGCGUGCUUUCUGUCGAUUACUCUAUCACUUCUUGUUUUGCAUGUAAUGAGAUCGUGUCAUUUGUUUCGUGAUUGAAUAUUUAUCGCGUCCAGCAGGCUCAGUAGCAAGCGAGCAACUUUUUAGUGGUUCUGGUCUAAUCUAUGAUCCGUUGAGAAAUAAAUUGGAGACAGAGAUAAAGCUGCGCAGUUUUGUUUAUUAAAUACAAUUUGCUACUUUUGGAGUCACUUCAUUUGCUUUAAUUUAAUUAAUUGAAUAAAGGGAAUAAUAAAUAUUAAGAAUCUGUCAAAUCAGUAAUAACUCAGCGGCCGUAUUAUAGCGGUAGUACCUACACAGCUGCAGUACGGGCGCCAGAGGUGCGGGGGGCGGUUGCAUGUCGAACCAGUAGCUGUCUAGCAGUAGUAGCACCUGAGUUGUCAGGAAGAGCGCGUGUGCUUAAUGUUCAAAAUGCCAUUUAAAAUUGUUCAGACCAUUGAAAAGGGUAACAUUGUAUUGACAUGUGUACCACAUCAAUGGGAGAGCGAUGGAGUUUUGUAUUGGCCCAGAAAACAAACCCAGUCACAGACGAGUAAGUUACAAAGGAUGAAGGUAGUUGGCCCGAUGAAUCUUGGGAAAAAAUAAACUGUGCGGUAAAAAGGCGGAGCAUAAAAACGUAUCAAAAUGCAAUACAUGAAAUUGAUAUAAUGAGCAAUAAUUCAGACACAGAACCUGACAUAGAAUACGUCUCAUCAAAAAAACAGCGCAAUUGCUCUGAUCUUCCACAGCUGUCAUAUGAUAAUAUGGCAGAAGAAAUUUUAAAGAAUAAUGAGCAUAAUGCUUCUUCAGCAAUAAUACCUGAAGAUGGAGAACAAAUAAUGGUGACUAAUUACGAAAUCACGACACCGAAAGAGUCAACUCCAUCUGAAACACCGUUGAGCGCGCCGCAAGAAAAUAUUGAAAAAUACAUUGUUAUUCCUGAAAGUAAUCAGUCGGACACACCUAUAAUAUACUCGUACAUUAAUAAAGAAACAAGUUUAUCAGAAGAACAAUGCGAAUUAAAAUCCAUGAAAAUAGAUAUCACCACUAUUAAAAGUGACCUAAAAUCCAUAAAUGACGAUAUGAAGACUAUAAUGGGGACCCUAAACACAACACUAAAUAAUCAAGCCGUAUUACACGAAACACUGAAAUCGAUUUUAUUACAAGUGACUGAAAUACAAGUUACGAACGAAGAAUUCAUUAAAAAAUCUAUUACAGAAAAACAAAACCAUUCGUUGAUGUUAAAACCAAUACAAGAUUUAAAAGAUUUAGAAGAGUUUGAAAAUAAAUUGAUGGAUUCUGAUUAUAGAGAAGAUUUACUAAGAAAGUUUAGUGUGUUUGGCACUAAAGGGACAGGGAAGGGAAUCACAAGAGCAUAUACAAUUAUUGAUAUUUUGUUUGAAAGAAAGUUUUUCAAAUCGUGUUCGUGGACUGGAGCUUCACGUUCCCAAAAUGAAACAACAGAAAAAAUCUGCUUAAAAGGUUUCUCUAAGAUGAUUGGUUUCUUUUUUGAAGUUAUUUAUAAACAAGACUCGUCGUUCCAUUUAACUGACUGUCAUAAUUUUUUUAAAACAAUUUUGCGAAAUGCCGAUCAGCGGGCCAAAUCGAAGCAAUUACGAACUUCCGCAAGUAAAUGCAGAGGAAAAAAUAGCGCCAAAAGGACUUCUUCUGAAAAUCCUACAUCUACACCACAAACCACUGGUAACCAAUUAGAAGUUGAAGAUGUUACAGAGGAAAUUUUUGUCUGAAACUAUUUGAUCUAAUUUUUAUUUGACUAAGUGACUUUUGCAUCAAUAUUAAUUAUAACACGAGAGACAUUAGACUACCCCAAUCUGUCUUUGACAGUUUGGGAUAGUCUGACGUGCUGUCGUCACUCAAAUACAAAUAGAUCAAUAUCCCUAGUAACUAAAUCAAAUCAUUUCAGACAAAAAUUUAGUCUGAUCUGAUUUGCUGAAAUUAUCUUCUAAGUUGUGUAGUUUUAGUAAAUUUUACCAGACUGCGACGAUGCUCAAAAUUAGGGUUAUAUAUUUGACCUGAAUUAAAGAAUAUAAUCUUAUAUUAUAUUAUAAAAAAUAUUUCAAUUUAAAUUUGCCAUAAAGAUGAUUACAUGAUCUUAAUGGCGAAGUUAAAUUGAUAUAUUUUGUUUAACUCGUAAAGUUUUAUUAGUUAUAAGAUUUAUUAGUACAAGGAAGCUAAGAUAAAUUUAAAAUUGUUGCCAGCACAUUAAGCAACCCCAAAAAAUCUGACAAAUUUCUUUAAAUGACUUUCAACUUUAUUACACAUAAAACAUUCAUAAUAUAAUAAGGUGCUUAUAUGUUAUGGAUUACGUUCAAUUUUGAAAAUUUGUCAGAUUUUUGAGAUAGGUUGAUGUGCUGGCCGCCGU